AUGGAGAUCGAGAGAAAUCGGAAUUGGAAAGAUCGAACCCUAGAGGAUUCUCAGGAUGCUCUCAUGGGUUUGUGCUUUUUCGUAAAUAGCCCUAAUUCUGGGCAGUUUAGCUGCGAUUUGAUCCGGCGAAGAUCUGUUAAUGUAGGGGUAAAAGAGGCAAACUAA